AUGCGAUGCCUCACCCAAAAAGAGCCCACCUUCGCUGAAAUCUCACACUUUCUAUCCGAGUUUCGCACCAUAUGCCAGAAUACUAUUCUGCUUGACUUUGAUACUGCCCGCGACACCGAUGUCGAGAGUCGCUUGUGGGAAGCGCAUCUGAAAGUGAACAAUCGGUUUCGCAAGUUGCUUUCUCGCUAUCGCGAGGAGAACGUAAAGAAAAAGCCGGUAGAGAGACGGAAGCUCGAGAAGCACUACCUGGACUUCAUUAAGUCUAGUCAACGAUUCUACCGCGGCUACAUCCAACACCUCUCAUCGCAUUUCGGCGGCAUCGUCGAACUGGAGAAAGUGGCGCGCAAGUUCAACUUUGAGAGUAUGAAUCACCCACUCCCCAUUCUCGUGCGCCCCACGGAUAACACAAGGACUGACUCGGAAUCUCCUCUAGACUUGUCCGCACAACCUCCCGUUCCCGUAACCCCCGACCUGCACAAGCGUAUCCUCCAAUCUUGCCAUGCGACCCUCAUACGCCUCGGCGAUCUUUCCCGCUACCGGGAAACCGAGCUCGUCAAUAAGGACCGCAAUUGGGGGCCCGCAACUGGAUACUAUGAUCUAGCCUCCGUGGUAUACCCCGUCUCUGGUGCGUCGCAUAACCAGUUGGCCGUGAUCGCCCUUGCCGAUGGCAACCAUUUUCGAGCGACCUAUCAUCUCUACCGGGCACUUUCAACCCAAACCCCGCACCCUGCCAAGGGUAACCUUGAAAUCGAAUUUAAAAAGAUUAUGAAUUUAUGGAUCAAGAAGGAGCUGAUUCGUCCCGAGGACGCCGGAAUCCCAGGCAGAGCUCUCGCUCCCUGGUUUGUCUAUCUUCAUGCAAAGUGCUACAAGGGAGAUGAUUUUCCGGAGCAUGAUGAGCUGGAGAGCGAGGUGAUGAGCCAGCUCGCAGUCGAAAUCCGAGAACGGUCUCUUGAAGGGACACUCCAGAAAUUCUGCCUUAUCAAUAUCGCCGCAGAAGACUUUGCCAGAGCUCGAUCACAUGAAGAAUCGGUAUCAAGCGCGCCUCUGUUUUUUCAGCGAAUCAAUGUGAAGACUUUCUUCACCUUGUUACAAAUUCUUCUCGUUGAACUCGAGCGAUUUGCGGCUGAAGAUUCGAGUACUAGCAGCAAAGAUAUUGCUAGAAACGGUCCUGACAAGAUUACCGUGGUUGCGCGCCGAAUUCUUCCAGCUUUGAGACACUAUAGCUCUUGGCUCCUUAUCACUAAUGAAUUCCUCGUUGCACAGAAGGACGAAAAAGAUUCGGCACUGUCAAUCCAAAUUCAGGAAUUUUGGAAGAUAUACGCAGAGACCUUAACUCUUCUUGCGUCUACUUUUGAUGUCGCGCGGCUCCCGGAAAUCGACUAUCUUCUCGAAGAUGAUGAAGAGAGUCUUGGGUUUGUGCCUCUUGAUCAAGCAGCCACCUCCCGCCGGUAUAUCGGCACGAACGGUCAGCUCAAACCUCGAACGAACGAUCCAGGCGUCGAAAGAAGCCAUCCGAACACGGAGAUGCUCUACAGAAUCCGCGAGUUUGUCAUAGAUGGCCUUGAUCUAGUCGUGGGAAACAAAAUUCCAAUUGCAUUGAUUGACGAUGAGGACAAGAAGACAUUCCUCUACCGAGAAGACGGGCUGCCAGCCCAGUUUUUCUCAAGCCCUCAUGGCCAUCAGCAGGCUCUCUCGACCCCGAUAAUCGAAAGAGGAGAUAUUCCUCCCAUGGCUCCAGAUUCGAAUUCUGUCGCUGAAGGCCGCAGCAUGUUUGGCGGAUCCCAAUCCGCUUCAGCAUCCAUGUCGGCCAACAUGCAUCGUAUCGCGGAGGAUGUCGAGCGAUUAGUCGAGUCUGAUACUUAUGAAAAUGCGCCCGAUAUCUCAGGCCAGUACAACUUCUUAAAUGAGCCACAAGAUAUGCCCACGCCUUCGGCUCCAAGGGUAUCCAACAUGAGUGCAUUCGCCUUCGAACAGCCUACGCCACAACUCAGAACGCCUAUUCCACCGCCUGGGCUUGGCCCUCCCAAUCCCGGCGCAGCGGAGUCCCUUCGCGCAUCAAUUUCUCAGUCCUAUUCACCACUUCCAGCUGUACCUGGAAUGCCAAGCAUCUGGAACACAUCGUCACCUACGCCACUGAGAGAGGGUACGUCUCCCCGCACGCCUCCCGGUCUGGGCCCACAGCCCCAAAUGCAUCCCAUGGCACCUCCGAAUGCCAUCAUGUCCGAUCGAUCGCCAUCUCAAGACCAGAUCGGAAAUGAUCUUCUCCGACAAAGCAUGAUGGCGCAAAGUCAAUCCUCUGGCUUCUUUGAUCCAGCUGGAUCGGUACCUUCUUCGUGGAUUCCCCCAACCAACAUGUCGACGACCCUGCCCCAAUCUGCUCCAGGCAACUGGGACGGCAAUAACCUGAGCCGAAGGAGCUAUUCUUCGUUCCCCAGCCAACCUAUCUCGGGUGGUUUGCCAAAUCAAACAUGGGCCAAUGAAGCUUUCAUUGGCAGCGGUCUCCCAGCAAGCGGCGGACCUUUCAGCUCAGGUUUCGGCGACCACCGCAAAUCCGCUGCUCAACUUGGGGCCGUUGGGCAAACUCCCCCUUGUGGGCAGGGAGGCUGA